AUCUCUCACUCCCCGCUCUGCCUCGCCCCGGCCUUGGACUCAUACAGGCAGACUGCCACCGCGGGCCGCUGCUCCUCCUCGCUUCUUCUUCUUCGCCCGUACCACCAGCCGGGGAGCGUCCGUGUCCUCCGCCCGCCGCUCGAGUUCGUCGUCUCCGGCGGGGGCGGGGGGCGCCACGGCCGGGGCUUCGCUCCGCGAGGGAGGGGGAAGGGGAUGGAGGGGAUGGAGGAGGCCAACAGGGCGGCGGUGGAGAGCUGCCACCGGGUGCUGACGCUCCUCUCCAACCCGCACGGACAGCUCGUCCCCAACAAGGAUCUCGUGGCUGCGACCGGAGAGGCCGUCACCAAGUUCGGCUCCGUCACCGCCAAGCUCUCAAACUCCAACGGCAAUGGCCUCCAGGGCCAUGCUAGGGUCAGGAAGAUCAAGAAGCCACUGGCCAUCUUCGACAGCAACCUCUUCCUGGAGAGCUCUGCGGUGGCCACCACCGCCGCAGCCGCCACUGCAGCCAAGGCGCCCAGCGCGAGCCCGAUCACUGGCCUCCAGCUGUUCCCGAGGUACCACCAGAUGGAGGGCUCCUCGUCGAAGGAUCCUGUCAGGAUCCCUACCCAGUUCCCCAAGAGGUUGCUGCUAGAGAACCUGGCUGCCGGUUUGGAGGGGCCGCCGUCGCAGGCCCCUCCGGUCCAUAUGGUCCAGCCGGUGUCUGUGGCGCCCCCAGCGGGGACGCCAACCCCGGCAUUGCCUGCGGCGCACCUUCAUUUCAUCCAGCAGCAGCACAGCUACCAGAGGUUUCAGCUUAUGCAGCAGAUGAAGAUCCAGAGCGAGAUGAUGAAGAGGAGCAACCUUGGGGAUCAGGGUGGUAGCUUAAGUGGCGGCGGCGGCGGUGGUAGUGGGGUUGGUGCUAAGGGGGUGAAUCUCAAGUUUGAUAGCUCCAAUUGCACUGCCUCAUCCUCUCGCUCGUUCCUUUCGUCUCUGAGCAUGGAAGGGAGCCUUGCGAGUUUGGAUGUAAGCCGGGCCAACAGGCCUUUCCAGCUAGUUAGUGGCUCCCAGACAUCUAGCACACCUGAGCUGGGCCUUGUGCAAAGGAGGAGGUGCACUGGUAAGGAGGAUGGGAGUGGUCGGUGCGCAACUGGGAGCCGGUGCCAUUGCUCGAAGAAAAGGAAGCUAAGGAUCAGGAGGUCCAUCAAAGUCCCUGCAAUAAGCAACAAGGUUGCAGACAUCCCAGCUGAUGAGUUCUCAUGGAGGAAGUAUGGGCAGAAGCCAAUAAAGGGAUCCCCACAUCCUAGGGGUUACUACAAGUGUAGCAGCGUGAGAGGCUGCCCGGCAAGGAAGCACGUCGAGAGGUGUGUCGAUGACCCCUCGAUGCUGAUUGUUACCUAUGAAGGCGAUCACAACCAUAACCGAGUGGUAGCCCAGCCAGCCUGAUCUUUCAGGCUUUCAGUUGAAGACUGCUUCUGUAGCCAUCCUCCCUUCCUAGACAAGGGAGGACAACAACAGCAACAACCAGAAGAAGAGCCUAGUGUUUGUACAUAUGUUCUGCUUCUAACAGUUGGGGGGAGAGUCCGUUAGCUAGCUCUUUCAGAAAAAAAAAAUCAAUGGCGAAAGAAGGAAAGUUAUCGAGCAGGUAGUCCAUGGCGAAAGCCGAUAGGAGUGUUCCUCAUCAAAGACUCAUAGUUUUGUAGCUUUGGUUUCACUUUUGUGUUAAUGCUGUGCUAGGAGGGCCCAUCCUGUGGUUGCAGUGCAACAUUGAGCUGCAGUUGAAUGUCUGGGGAUGGUGUUAGGGGAUUGGAUUGGAGGCGGCAUAAGGCAGGGAAGUGCCUGUAAAAGUUGCUACACCUAGGAACAGAAUGUACCCUCAUCUUCAGACUCAGUGGUACAAUCUUGUUGAGGCAGUGGUUUUGUUUGGUC